AUGACUUGUUUACCGUAUAUUUUUUGUAAAUGUUUUCGAGCCGCAACAAAAUCCAGAUUUCAAUUAAUUAACGAAUCUCAUAAUUACAUUUUUAAAUGUAAGUUAAAUUAUAAGAAAAAUAUAAUUAGACACAGUAGCAAUUCACAAGAUUUAUCCGAUCUUUACGAUAAUGAAUCAAUGAAAAAAUACAUAAGUUUUAUUGAAAGCGAUCAUGUAAAUUUUUCGGAUAAUUUUUUAGAAAAAAAAUAUAUAGAAGAAAUAAGACAUUCAAUAGAUAAAAAAAAAGAAAUAGAAUGUGAAAUUUUAGCCUUGAACACUGUUAAUUCGGAAGAAAAAAUUUUACCACAUAAUUUCGAUGGAGGAGAAGAAAGUCAAAUUGAAAUUCAUAUAUUCCCAGCUGUGGGUGGAGAAGAAGCAAAAUAUUUUGCCGAAGAACUCUUUAAUAUGUAUGUUAAUUAUAUUAUUUAUAAAAAUUGGAAUUGCAUUCGUGCUGAAAUUAAACAGGAUACAAAAGUUGGUCACCUAACAUUACAGGGAAAUACAAUUUACAAUUCAUUAAUAUGUGAGGCAGGAGUACACAGAGUGCAAAGAGUUCCAGAGACUGAAAAAUUUGGUAGGACGCAUACUAGUACAUGCAGUUUAAACAUUUUUCAAAAAUCGUUAAACAAUGAAAUAAUUAUCAAUCCCAAAGAUAUAAUAAUUGAAACAUUAAGAUCAGGUGGACCUGGUGGUCAAAAUGUAAAUAAAGUUGAAACCAGAGUGAGAAUAAAACACAUUCCCACAGGUUUGAUAAUCGAAUCGCAAGAAUCGAGAUAUCAAUAUGAGAAUAAAAUAAAAGCUUUUAAAAAAUUACAAUCGACAUUGUUGAACAUGUACGAGGAUAAAAUAAACAGUAGUAAAAAAGCAACUCUCAAAGAUCAAACUGGUAACAAUGAUUAUUCUGAUAAAAUAAGAACAUAUAAUUUCAAUCAGAAUAGAAUAACUGAUCACAGAAUAAAUUAUUCCCUUUACAACAUGGAUGCUUUUUUAUCAGGUGGAAAAGAAUUGGAUGACAUGAUUGAAAGAGUCAAACAGUAUAAAAAUAGAGAAAACAUACUUAAAUACGUUGAACAAAUAUUGAAUUCGGAUGAAUAUAAAAAAUAUAAUCAAAAUAUGAUUAAAAAAGAAAAAGAGAAUAAAGAAAGAAUUCGUUAUAGUGUAUAUUUUUGUACACACACACGCCAUGUUCGACGGAGAACAUGA